UCCACAAACCGCUUUUCUUCACCUGUCCUCCGAACCAACAGUGCAUUGCAAAUCUAAUCCUCAAGUACUUCCGCGGCUGUGAGAGAAAAAAUGAAGAAAGCCGUUGUUUUCUCCGUUGUUUCCUCCGCCGCUGCAGCAGCAACGACGAGGACUCUGCUGAGUCGAGGGAAGAUGAAGAUGACCACCUCCACGACGGCCAGGAGUACAACUCGUGAAGAUUAUGCCGAUAUCAAAUGCAAAUAGGUCUGGGUCUGGGAAGUUGCGAGAUUUGUCAUGGUAGUCUGGCAUGACUCUCAACUCUGUGAUGUUGCGUCACCACAAAGAGCUCCUCUUGCCUGUCAUGCAAAAACGCAGUUUCUCAUGCAGAGUACGCAACUCAGAACCACGGAAAAGCUUGUCAUGCUUGGCAGCGCAUUACAGUGUGCUCACGAUUCCAUUCCUUGCGUCACAAGUUUCCAGACCCAGACAGAUUUGCAUUUGAUAGCCGAGAAAAGGACCUCGCUGUUGGCGACCAAGAACUACAGGAGUGCGGCCGCGCGGGGGAAGAACUUCAAGGGGAAGAAGCAGGCCACCUCCGCCGUGGCGACCGAUGUAGUUCUUGAAGCCGCAUCGACGGAUCGUCCGCUCGACCAAGACAAUAAACCCCUGCUCGCGCGGUGGAACCGGAAAAACAAGAUCGUUGGGAAGAUGAAACAGCCAGAGGAAAAAGAACAUCCGCCCCCGCCGCAGCAGGAGUUUCUGGAACAACAAGUUGGGCAGCAAGUUGGGUCAACUUCGGGCCGGCCACUACUCCCCGGUUCAGUUGUCCCGCCGGAAGGUGGUAAAGAUCUUCCCACCGGUGAAGAUCUCUCUUCUCUGCAAGAACAUCCCCUCGUGUUCCUGUCUUCCGAAACCACGCCCCCCCGCCGCAUGACGUGGGAACACUUGUUCAGUGAUGGCGAUGAUAUCAGCGGUUCGCCGAAGAAACUUUACCACGAAGAGUAUUACCUGAAGGGCGGUAGUCCGGAGCUGAGCGUGGAUUUGGACGAGGAGGAAGUCCAAGCGGUGCUUUAUAACCCGCUCAGGUGUUACACUCUCAAACGUUACAAUAGAGUCGGAGACUCGUGUUGCAUGAUGAGCAUGACAGACUCGCAGAGCGUUCCACUUUCUGCAAUAGAAAUUUCGCCAGAUUGUUGUAGUGGGGUUUGGGAUUCCGGAACUUGUCAUGCGCAAUCCUAUGAGAGUUGGCUAGAUCAUGCACUCUUGCAUCACAGAUUUCACUACUCUAUUGUAACGUUUGAGAUUGUAACAGCUGACGGCGUGAUAUGCUUUACGAGUACAGCCGUUCCCUCUGCCGUGCGAUCGGAAAGAACAAACUCGUGGCGGACGAUGCUGAUUUAUGCACUGAAAAUUUGUAGUGGUAGUCUGCGUCUGGAAACUUGUAAUGCACGGUUUGCUUAAAAUAAGUAAAUGAUAAUGAACGGUCUGUAUCAUGCACUGCGAACACGACCAAGCAUAAGAAAUAUUUGCGCAGCUAAGUGUAGUUGCGCACACGAUACCGCAUGACAAAGUGCGUUUCUCCAUGACAAGGAAAAUACGGGCCUUUUCGUCCUGGACACGCAUAAUACAAGCUCUGCAGUCCUGUCAGACAAGCAUGACAAACCUAGCAACCUUCCAGAGACCCAGACGUAUUUCCAUUUGAUGAAAUUACGAAAAACCCGAAAACGCCCACAGUUCGUCGUGGGAGCCCUGGCCGGAAUGCACCAGCGAGUACAUCUAUCAAGAGGAAAAAUCCCCCCUCCCCAUACCGAAAAGGUAUUUUUCCUAAAAUUUGUGUUGCUGAUUUGAGGUCACAAAUCACAUUUGUCUUGCAAGAAGACAAGGGCAGAAGCUUCCGCCCCAUUAUGGAAGCGAUUUUUCAUGCUGUUGUGCCUAAAGGGGAGCCGUUUGCCAUGCUGAGCAACUAGACCCAUACGCCCCUACCUAGCCUGGGGAUCUGGCCGCAGUGCCUCUUUGCAAUACAAACCUGAUUUGUGUACACAGACCCAGCAUCAGAAAUUCCGUUUUGAUAUGGGGAGGGGGGAUUUUCCCUUUCGAUAACAUCCGCCCGAAAUUUUACCCGCAAGGGGCGGGUUACGGGUGGGACUUGGCGGAAGACGAAGGCAAAGACGUCGACCCAAAAAAAACCGCCGAGUGGAACAAUUGGUUUUCCAAGGGAAAGAUUUGCGAACCCGGCUGCCUCGAACCGGCGUUCAAAACUUCCGGCACUUCCGACCGGUUCCGCGUGGCCCAGACGACGACCACACAGGCGGCGCUGGUCAACGUGGUGCAAAAUCUUUGCGUCCGGGCGGACUUUCGCCGCACGGCGUUCGCACAGGGACUGACAACGCGAGGAAAAAUAAGUCCGGCGCUGGACGACUUGUAUGCCGACGAGGUCUUCAAUGGGCCUUACUUGGAUCCCUUGCGCGGCCUCUCUAGUAGUUCCACCUCUGGUGCUCGCAAGAUGUACGACUACUCUCUCCAUUACGACACGCUGCACACCGCAUGCAAGGCCGUGGCCGGGUGGUUGCCCGCUUUCGAGCUGCAAAUGCGGAUCGCGGGAUACCUCCUCGGCGUCUGCGGUUCGCGUACUGACGCCGAUUGCGAAUCUCUGGAAAAACGGCGGCCCACGGCGUUCCCGCAGGAGGUGGGUCGGUACCACGCAGUGGAUUUGGUUCGCCCCUCGACCGGUAGUUCGCCCCUCGAGGACCACGACAUUAGGAAAAACCUAGACUGGUUCCCCAAAGGGCAGAUUUGCCACCUCGCUAACACCGCUGCCGAAGCCGAAGCCAUGUUGGUGCCGGACGUGGGGGCUGUGAAACCAGAUCAGAAAGACCUCGCAAGAAUGACGUUAGAUUCCCUCGAUUUUCUGAAGAAGCAAACCGGAGAGACGGCUUUCCCCAAGUGCGUCCCGGCUAUUUCUUCGAGCUCGUUCCCGGGUCGCGCGGUCUUUCUCGGACAAAACGCAGAGCCGCUGGCGCCGAAAUUGCACUUAUUCGAGUUGCACUUCGUCUACACGAGGCUGCAAGAGUACUGCGAACUGGUAAGGCUGUUACCGAAAGACCAGGAUUACACCGCCAGCAACGGUGCGGUUUUCGAGCAAGACGAGAAGCUAAAAUACCUCAGCAAAAUGGUUUUUGGGCUCGAAAAACCGGACUUCACGCUGGACUUCCGGUUCGCCGACCAUGAACAGCGGAGAAUUGGGUGUGAAAUGCUGCGCUUUUGGGACACGCCGGACGCGGGUCUUGUCGGGGGAACGAAGACUGGACACUAUCAAAAUGAAAAAUCCCCCCGCCCCAUACUCAAACUAGAAAUUUGUGGUCACAAAUCAGCUUUGUCAUGCUAGAAGGGAAAAGAUGCGGACUGUAGUGCGGGUUGGCGUGGGAAAGCCUUGCAUCUUCGGCAUGACAGGGGGCAGCUGGAAUGCGGAAACAGCGUGACCAAUUGCCUGCAAACGAGGCCACAGCUGCGUCCCUUGGCGUUCUAGCAUUACAAGUCGAUUUGUGUACUCAAAUACAGCAUCACAAAUUUCGUUUUCGAUAUGGGGAGGGGGGAUUUUUCCUUUUGAUAGACACGCCUGGCAGCCCAAGGGCUACGUGCAGGAAAAGCAGCUCGCGUUUUUGCUGAACCCUUCGAUGGCGAAAAAUGCGGUGUUGGAACACUGCUCCUCCGGUUGGAAAGCUGCGGUGGUUGCGACCAGCAAAUUAUCAAAAGGAAAAAUCCCCCCUCCCCAUACUGAAAAGCUGUAUUUUUGGAAAUUUGUGAUGCUGAUUUGUGGUCACAAAUCGUGUCGGUCUUGCGAGAAGGCAAACGCAGAAGGCCACAAGCAUUAUGCCGGCGGUUUGUGAUGCUGCUGGACCUACAGCAUGGACUUUUGUCAUGCUGAGCGCCCAGGCCAAAACCUCCCCACUCCGGCUUGAUAUGGAGGGCCUGCAGUCUUCUACUGCAAGACAAGGCUGAUUUGUGUACGCAAAUCCGGCAGCAGAUAUUUCGUUUUGAUAUGGGGCGGGGGGAUUUUUCCUUUUGAUACAAAUCGGCCAAUCCUCUGGCGACCGAUGUGCACAUGCUAGAAUGGCUUUUCGACGAGCGCGCGAAGAAAUUCCCAAGAGGGCAGAGCGACCACGUGUCGGGGGAGGGGUUGAAUGAAUCCCUUUUGUCGAAAGACGAUUGCACCGUGGCGACGUACCUGAAAAUUGCUGGGGUCACAGCGAAGCCGAAUUUGGACGUUUGGAGGGCCGCGGUGGACAAGGACUGCAACGUGUGGCCGGCGAUGGUGGAAGACGAACAGUUGCUGCGGCAAUACAAGGCGAAGGAGAAAGACUCGUCCCCCUCGUACGACAAAUUGAAGACUUACGAAUGCGAAAUCGUGGAGGAGGAAACGAUUGAUUACACGCUGGCUCCGCAACCGGAGCCCCUGCCGGGAGAGAAGGGCGCGGAGUGUAAGGUGACGCUGCGAAACCAGCAAAACGUUGGAAUUUUGUGCCAGCCGGGGCCGAACGGGACUUGGACGCUUAACAAUUCGAUGGAUUCGAUGAUUCGCCGCAGAAUGUGGAACUGUGACGCCGGGGAAGUCAGCGCCGAAUGCGCGACGAAGUGUGGCACGGGAGCCGGGAAAAUUGACUGCACAGGUAGAAGAUGAGGUGCUUUAGUGCAUUUUUGAUUUUUUGGGGGGUGGGAUUUCGAUUUUGAUGUACACGAGAAUAUCUCAAACCAGUUUGCUUUCACUUCACAUUUUUGUAGUACAACUUGUACAUGAUUCAGAACCACUACAUUUGCAUAGCAAGUCACCUGUUUUUUACUAUGUAGCAUUUUUCAUUUCGCAUAUAGAAGUCUGAGAUUCGUCAGAACAACUUUGCACAUACAACCACUCAGUUUCGUUUUUCAAAACUUUUUACACAUUUCUUUUGAUAAAAAGCAACCGUACCUACCCCGAGCCACCACCGACGAUUUUCCCAGAGAUUCAACCUUUGACCUGUCGUGCAAGAACGACCGGUAAUUGUUUCACAUAGAAAACCCCGUUUUUUUCGAAAUUUCCUUGUGAGAUGAGAGCAGCAUGAUCUUUACUCGGCAUCAUCAUACUUACUAUCCGAAGAUGUGGCGUCAAAUAGGUUAAAGCGCCCCCUGUUGGUAUACCCUAACAGCGUUUUAACCCUACUGGCCACAAACUGAAAUGGACUUUCCUCAGAAGUAUCAAUCCAAAAAUUAUCAUCUUCCCUCCACUGAGAUGAUACUUGUCCCACAACUCGGAAAAAUAAACCCCACGAUGAUGCAUCGAAUUAUCGUCCCCAGCAACUCAAAAGGAAAAAGUAAAACGGCUUUUCGUGCUGCGUUGUAGCGUGGUGCUGCCUUUACUUUCCUGUCUGUUCG